CCCGGAGUUCUUUGAAAAAGUGAAUGAACUUCUUGUCCUGGUCCCUGAGCCUUAUAUUAUAUUAUACUCUCACUACUAUCGAUCGCUUGAUUGAUAGAUAGAUUGAACACAGCCGGUGACAUCUCAAACAUCUGUCGGGGCGCAAGUCAACUUAAGACAGGCCGACUUGCCGAAACAAGAAUGAAGGCCAUUCGACGUUCACUGAAAGGGGAGAAAGAUCCCAAACCCCACCAUCAUCAUCACCAUCUUUCCAUCACGCCCAAGUCCGCCAUCGCCAUCCUCCCGCCGAAGAAGGUUAUCAAAGCGCUCUUCGAUUACCAACCGGAGCCCGGGAACACACAGGAGCUUGCGUUCAGCAAGGGAGACUUCUUUCACGUUAUCAGCAGGGAGGAAGACCAGGAUUGGUACGAAGCGUGCAAUCCCCUCAUCCCUAGUGCUAGGGGGUUGGUUCCCGUGUCCUUCUUCGAAGUCAUCGGUAAGAACGAGAGAGAUAGCGUCGGCUCUGUCGACUUCUUUAAAAAGAAAGAGCCGCACGACUCCGGUUUCUCAGAUCGCGCCGCGUUCCCCGCCUCCGAUUUCGUUCACAGCCCUCCCCGAUCCUCGUCGCAGCUCAGGAUGUCAGCCUUAGGGAAGGGCUCGAGCCCCAUGGUCUACGGCAUCGUUCAGUACGACUUCCAGGCUGAGCGACCAGAUGAACUGGACGCGAAGGCCGGCGAGGCCAUCAUUGUGAUUGCCCAGUCGAAUCCGGAAUGGUUUGUCGCUAAGCCCAUCGGUCGCCUGGGAGGGCCAGGUCUGAUCCCGGUCUCUUUUAUCGAGUUGCGCGACAUGCAAACCGGCCAGGCAGUAACCGAUCCGUUGGAGGCCGUUAGGCGCGCCGGCGUGCCCAAGGUAGAGGAAUGGAAGAAGAUGACGGCCGAGUACAAGAACAGCAGUAUUACUCUGGGUAAGAUUGAGAGCAAUGGCUCCUCAUCGAUGCAGUCGGUCACGUCUGGAGUGGAUCGGAUGUCUAUUGGUCGCCAAAGCACUAGCCAAAUGAGCCAAAACGGCCACAUGUCUGCCUACCACAAUCGCAACGCAAGCAAGAGUUCACUUGUGCAACAAGCUUCCCAUCAGUCCCAACAAAGCUACCAUCAACCUCUCAUGGCGCCUAUCGCUGCCUCAAUUCCUCGUUACUGCUUCGACAAUGAUAAAUACUGGUAUAUCAUCGAGGCCAAGAUGGAGGACGGCCGCUGCUGGGAAUUGUCUCGCUACUACCACGACUUCUACGAUUUCCAGAUCGCCCUCCUGACCCAGUUCGAGGAAGAAGCGGGUAAUCGUGGGAAGCCGCGCACUUUACCUUACAUGCCGGGGCCUGUCACACACGUCACGGAUGCGAUCUCUAACGGCCGUCGUCAGAAUUUGGAUGAAUACAUUAAGAAAUUGCUGGCCAUGCCUCCUCACAUUUCCCGCUGCCAACUGGUCCGCCAAUUAUUCGCGCCCCGCGCUGGGGACUUUGAGAUUGAUCCGAGCGCAUUUGGCGAGGACGCACGGUUCUCUGGUGGCUCGCACCAUUCGUCGACGCACGAGCCCUCGCGCAGCGUCUCGCGGCAGUCCUCGCAAGCUCCGAUCGCCGUGCACACUGAUCGCAACUCUCACCAACGGGGGCAGCCGUCGCUGUCUCUGGGCAACGGCAACCCGCCUCCCAUGAACCGCCAACCUAGUUCGAUUACCCAAGUUUCUACCACCUCUAGCAGCGGCGCUAUGAAGGUUAAAGUGUUCUUCCAGGAUGACUUGAUCGCCAUCCGGGUCCCUAGUGAUAUCAGUCUCCAGCAGCUGAAGGAGAAGCUGAUUGACCGUCUGAAGAUUCAAGACGAAAUCGUCGUCCAGUAUAAGGAUGAGCCAUCCGGCACGUAUGUCGACUUGGCCAAUGACGCCGACCUUGACACGGCGAUCUCACGAAACUCCAAACUCACACUAUAUGUCGGAAUUGCAUAGAAGCGGUGAUCCUCUCUUAUCUCUUAUAGACCUGUCUGUUCUUUCCUUUCCGUUUGCCCUCGCCCUUAACAUGUUCUGUUGCGGGUGUACUGGU